CCUCUUUUGUUUCUGUUUCUCCUUGGAUUUAAGCUCUCUUUUUUUGCGACACCAAAUCCCCAAUACCAUUAACAUUCUUCACAUCGUAUUACUUAAAUUCCCUCAUCUCUGGAACUUUCUCACUCUAUCGUUUACUCAGUUCGAAACUCUUUUUUAAUUGAUGGCGAUCAUCUCAGAUUAUACGGAAGAAGAGAAGAAGCCUGAGGUCAAGAAUGAGGCCUCAGCUUCUGCGUCCACAUCGACAUCCUUCAAGACGACGCCGUUUAGUUCGACUUUUGACGCUUCGAAUCCGCUAGGGUUUCUGGAGAAGGUGUUUGAAUUCGUGGCGAAUGAGAGCGACUUUUUGACCAAGGACACAGCGGAGAGCCAGAUCACGGCGGUGGUGCGAGCGGCCAAGGAGAAGAGAAAGAAGUCGGUGGAGGAUGUCAAACCUAAGAAAGUUACGAAGGGGAAGGAGGAGGAUCAAGAUUUGGAAAAAUUGCCGACGAUCGACGUCAAGAAAGCUCCGCCGCCAGAGCCACAGCUUGAUGUUAAUGGAAAUAAAACUAAAGCUCCAAAUAAAGGAAAUGGUCUUGACCUGGAUAAUUAUUCGUGGACACAAACCCUGCAAGAGUUAUCUAUUAUUAUUCCAGUCCCUAAUGGGACCAAAUCAAGAUCUGUUGUGUGUGAUAUAAAGAAGAACCAUCUAAAAGUUGGACUUAAGGGUCAGCCUCCAAUUAUUGAUGGGGAACUUAGUCAGAAUAUCAAGCCUGAUGAUUGUUAUUGGAGCAUAGAGGAUCAGAAUUCCAUCUCUAUUCUUCUGACCAAGCAGAACCAGAUGGAAUGGUGGAAAUCAUUGCUGAAAGGAGAUCCUGAAAUUGACACUCAGAAAGUUGAACCUGAAAACAGUAAACUAUCUGAUCUGGAUCCAGAAACAAGGCAGACAGUUGAAAAGAUGAUGUUUGAUCAGAGGCAAAAGUCCAUGGGUCUCCCAACUAGCGACGAGAUGCAGAAGCAAGAGAUUCUAAAGAAGUUUAUGGCUGAGCAUCCGGAGAUGGAUUUCUCAAGGGCGAAGCUCUCAUAAAUACAGCAGCUGGGAAGUAUAUGUUAGUCAAUAUAUUCUACAAUAUGAUUAUGUAGUGGCUACCAUUAAAGCUUGUGGUGGAGUAUUAAGUUUUGCAGGGUCUUUAUAUUUUGUUAACAUUAUAUUGGACAAAUGUUUUCUGUUUGUUGACUUACCUCUGAGAGUCUGAAUUGAAGAAUCUUUUUUGAUGUCA